AUGGCCGGAACCACCACAAAAACUGUACAUGAUAUUUUUCAAAGCAUGGAGUACGGACCAUCUGCAACAUCCAACACUGCCACUGCACAGGCCUGGCUGGAUAAUCAUUCCCGCUCCCUAGGUCUGUUUAUUGAUGGCAAGUUUGUCCAUCCGCUAGACAGACAGACACGCUCCUUGAUGGAUUCGAAAGGUGGUGUAGUGUGCAGCACAUUGUGUGCUCUGCAAGAUGAUAUUACACAAUGUGCAUCCUCUGCCACUAAGGGCUUUGAGACUUGGAGUAGUCUCUCCUGCUACCAGAGAUCCAAAGUGCUGCUCAGGUUGGUGAGCGCUCUGGGACAGCACGGCAGGUGUGUGAGCGAGCUGUGUGACCUCUGUCAGGUGUCCUGCUCCUCCUCUACCCUUGUCAGAAUGUUGCAGUACUACAGCGGCUGGGCUCAGCUCAGAGACACUCUCAUCGCAAACUGGUCACCACUGGGUGUGGUUUUAGUAGUUGUCUCCGAUGACUGCACAUUCUACUCUCUGAUGCUCAAAAUUUUACCAGCACUAGCCAUGGGCAACUCUGUCAUCGUUGUCCCUGGUCAAAGCACUGCCCCUCCAGCACUUUUAUUGGCUCAGCUUUUUAUGAGCUCAGGGCUUCCUGCUGGUGCUCUCAAUGUGUUAACUGGAAAUGAUGUGUCACUGGCUGCUGAUGUUGCCAAAAACUCAAGAAUCAGCUAUGUCACCUACAGUGGCAACAAGCAGGAUGGCAUCAACCUGUGUAAAGCAACAGCAGGAAUGGGUGUUCCAGUAUCUGUAACCCCAAACAUUGGCGCCACAUGUCCUAUCAUCAUAUUUGAGUCUGCUGACAUCAAUAGUGCCAUUGAUGAUGUGAUAGAGAUUGCCUUCAAGAAGAAUAAAGAAGUGCAUUGGGUGUUGUGUGUGCAGGAGAGCAUGCAGGACAGCGUGGUUGACCGUCUAAGGAUGCGAAUGGCAGGCUUGAAGUGUGUGGCACUUCCCAGUGAUGGGGCUAGGGUGCUUGUGGAUAGCGCAGUGCAAGAUGCUCAAAACAAGGGGGCAACGUUGGUGCAGUCUUGUGCUGUGCCCUCUGGUACACAGUAUCCUCCUACUGUCCUAUGUGGAGCCGCUCCUUCUUCGCCAUGUGUGGUCACGCCCUCUCCUGGGCCACUCCUUCCUCUAAUGACUUUCAGAAGUAAUACAGAAGCAGUGACUUUGGGGAAUCAUAGUCCACAUGGCCAAGCAGCAUGCAUCUGGACUGAAGACCUCACUCUGGCAUUAGAGACAUCUAAGAGUCUGUCUGUUGGCUCAGUGUGGGUGAACUCGCACCCAUUGUCUGAACCUUGUCUGCCUGUUUCUGGUCACAAAGACAGCGGCACAUGUACUGAUGGCGGCCAGGAGGGGCUGUAUCAGUUUAUGAGGCCGUCCUCUUCCCCUGUUGUUCCUCGCACUUCCCCAGUUGCUCUGCAUUAUGCAAAUUUUGGAACUGACGCACCUCAAGUUAUCAUUCCGGAUGAGACCGCCGGUCCUCUGAAGUCCUACUCGCAUUAUAUUGGUGGCAAGGCCUGCAAAUCGGAGUCUGGUUCUAGUAUGGCAGUGCAUCCACAAGGAGGCAGCAGCGUGUUAGGCUACUUUCCCAGCGGAGGCCAGAAGGAUGUCAGGAAUGCUGUGGAGGCAGCUAUCAAAGUUCAGCCAGGCUGGAUGAAAAAGAGUCCCAUGGCGCGCGCCCAGUCCAUUCAGUCCUUGGCCAAAGGUCUUGAAGGAAAAAGGCAGGAUUUAGCAACUUCGAUCAGUACACAAACUGGCCUACCUAUAGAGGAGGCUGAUAUGGAGGUGGAGCUCAGCAUCACAAGGCUCAGUGAUUGGGCAGCAUACUGUGACAAGAUUCAUGGCGGAAUUCUGCCUUUACCACAGUCUGGCUCAGGAUUUUCCAUCCCUGAAGCACUGGGAGUGGUGGGGGUGGUCGUUCCCGACAAGCAGCCCCUCCUCGCCAUGGUAACACUUCUUGGAGCAGCCCUCGCCUCUGGCAAUGCCAUCAUUAUGGUACCCAGUCAGGAGUAUCCACUGCCAGCUUUGACAUUUAUUCAGGUGCUCAUUUCCUCAGAUCUGCCACCAGGCUUGGUAAACAUCAUUACAGGAAGAAGGGACCAGUUGACAAAGGCUUUGGCCAACCACAGUGUCAUCAAAGCUAUCUGGUACUGGGGGAACAAUGAGGGUUGCCAAUACCUCCAAUACACCUGUACCAGCCCGCUGAAAACACUGCGUCUCCUCUGCCAAACAGACAAGGAUGGGAAUCAUAGCGGCCAAGACUGGUCUUACAACUCCGUACUGGAAGAGUUGUGGAGAAAUUCUGUUCAGUGGAAGAGUGUGUGGAUUCCUACAGCAUAA